AUGUUUCGACUCGGAAGCGUAGCGCGUUUCUGGGGGGGCUAUGGAACAGGUUUGCUUCGCUGGCAUCUGAAUCUGAUCAUACUUAAUCAGUCUAAAGAUAUCUGUGCUGCAUGGUACUAUAUUUACCCGGUUCUUCAUUUUUGUCGUUCUAAUAUAGGUUUUUUUUCCCCCUCGAACUCGAUGCUCGACAUUUUUCGAUAUCCUUCGCAUCAAAAUUUUCUGCGAUAUAUUACAUGCUACAUGUACAUUGAAUUCUGGAACAAAAAGUCCCAGUUGCGCAUCCCGUUCCCCAGGGAGAGUUUUCUUCGGUACUUAGUAUGUACAUUCCUUGGUGGUUUUUUUACAUGUCUGUACAUAGAAAUCGCUGGUGGAUGACAUUGUGUGGUCCUUGACAAACAUUCGGAUCAUGAGGUUGAGACAUUCUCAUCUCAGAGCCUCCGUUAUUUUUCACACCACUUAGAAGGCCUAAUGUGGGUCUUCGAUUCGGCAAUUGACACCAUCGAUAAAGUACACAUCUUGGAUGACGAGGGAGUGUUGUGAAGCGUAGAAAUGCUGCUACCGUUAACCUUCCGUUGUGUCUUUGUCUUCGGGCUAUGUAC